CCAAUUCGUGCUAAUAUGCCUAAUUUUUCAGACUUGGACGCAGAUGGCUCUGAUAUGGAAGAUGGCAACUCGGAUAUGGAGGAGACAGAGAAGGAUUUACAUGGUAAAAAUUCCGAUAUCAAAUUGAGCUACAAUGUAGUUCACAAUUCACAGCAUUAUCGAGCCUAUGAAGAGGAUGAUGCCGAAACUGCGGCGUGGUGGAAGGUUGUCGAAGAAGCUGUGCUUGCCAUUCAGGAAGCUCGACCAGCCAUUGAUGGGUCAACCCAAGAGGACUUGUAUCGCUGUGUUGAGAGCUUCAUUACUGCACAGAGCCCAAAAGAGCUCUACAAUAGACUCAAAGACGUAACGGAAUUGUACAUAAUGCGACGAUUAAAACAACUUCUGGACAGUUCAGCUGACCGGCUCGUCUUCCUCAAAGAAGUGAAUUUUUGCUGGAAGCAAUUUUGUGAUCAGAUGAAGAUGGUGUGCAAUAUUUUCCUAUCUCUUGACCGUGGCUAUGUCCUGCAAAAUUCUCAAGUCAUGAGCAUCUGGGACAUGGGCCUGGAACUAUUUCGUGUUCACGUGAUGGGCGAGGCAGUGGUGGAGACAAGAGUAAUAGACGGACUGCUGAUGAUGGUGCAGAAGGAGCGGGCUGGAGAAACCAUUGAUCGCUCCCUCAUCAAGAGUCUGCUCAGAAUGUUAUCAUCUCUUCAUCUUUAUACUUCUGUCUUCCAAACAAAGUUUCUACAGAGCAGCGAAGAGCUAUACAGCAGGGAAGGUUGCCGCCUCUUGCAGGAGCUCACAGUUCCUGACUACCUUCGUCAUGUUACCAAGAGACUGGAGGAGGAAAACAAUCGACUGCUGCAUUACCUUGACAAUAAUGCCACAAGGCCCCAGUUGGUGCACCUGCUGGUGAAGCAGCUACUGGGUGAGCACAAGACCACCAUCAUCCAGAAAGGCUUGGAUGACAUGCUCAAUGAACAUCGCAAGGAUGACUUCAGGCUGCUCUAUAACCUCAUGGGGCGCGUCAAGGGUGGCCACCAACUCCUCUGCUCCAGCUUCAAUGCUCACAUCAAGGCACAUGGGAAGACGAUUGUAACAGAGCCUCUGAAGGACAAGGCUAUGGUGCAGGAGCUUCUCACGUUCAAGGACAGGCUGGACGAGAUGGUCAACGAAUGCUGUGGUCGCAAUGAUAAGUUUGUGCAGGCCGUCAGAGAAGCCUUUGAGUACUUCAUCAAUACUCGGCUUAACAAACCUGCUGAACUCAUCGCAAAGUUCAUAGACAGUAAAUUGAGAGCUGGCAAUAAGGAGGCCACGGAAGACGAGCUCGAGCGACUGCUGGACAAGAUCAUGGUUCUCUUCAGGUUCAUCAACGGCAAAGACGUCUUUGAAGCCUUCUAUAAAAAAGACUUGGCGAAGCGUCUGUUGCUGGGCAAGUCUGCGAGCGUGGACGCCGAGAAGAGCAUGCUGAGCAAACUGAAGGCUGAGUGUGGGCCUAAUUUCACGGGCAAACUUGAAGGCAUGUUUAAGGACAUGGAGCUUUCUAAGGACUUCAUGCUCUCAUUCAAGCAGCACCUACAGAACACGGCCCGGCACAACACCAACCUGUCCAUGGAGCUGAGCGUGAGCAUCCUUACUCACGGCUUCUGGCCCUCCUACCCUGACUCUGAGCUCAUCCUCUCCCCCGAGAUGGUCCAGUACCAGAAGAUAUUCACUGAGUUUUACAGGAACAAGCACAGCGGCAGAAAACUUAUGUGGCAAGGCACCUUGGGACACUGCGUGAUCAGAGCGCAGUUCAAGGCUGGAGAUAAGGAGCUGCAAGUGUCACUCUUCCAAGCCCUGGUGCUGCUGCUCUUCAAUACAACUGACGACCAAUCCUACGCUGACAUCAAAGCGCUCACUAACAUUGAUGACGGAAACCUAAAACGCACACUUCAGUCGCUAGCGUGCGGCAAGGCGCGAGUGCUCACCAAGACUCCCCGCGGGAAAGACGUGGAAGACAGCGACGUGUUUCACUACAACGCUGACUUCACCAAUCAGCUCUUCAGGAUCCGCAUCAACCAGAUCCAGCUCAAAGAGACGGUGGAGGAACAAUUGAAGACCGAGGAGCGCGUGUAUCAGGACCGGCAGUAUCAGAUCGACGCGGCGGUCGUCCGUAUUAUGAAGACUCGCAAAAAUCUCACUCACAACCACCUUAUUACCGAACUUUUCGACCAACUCAAGUUCCCCGUCAAGGCUAAUGAUCUGAAGAAGCGCAUCGAGUCUUUGAUCGACCGAGACUACAUGGAACGAGACAAAGACAAUCCAAAUGCCUACAACUACAUCGCUUAGACAUGACACUUUUUCUUAACUUUCCGGCUCACUCGCUGUAUUCCCGCAACUUCUGAAGCUGAUCGUUAGUAAUAAGAGCGUCAAACUACCUAAUAUGGAUUCUGAUCGAGGAUUAGGUUUAAAACAUUUCGUAGAUUAUUAGAAUGAUUCACGAUAUCUAGAUCGUUUAUGCCCUUACGACCGUGAUUAUUUAGAAGCUUUUCCGCUACUUUGCUGUCCUGAUUCUAAUGAAAUGGUUUUGGUUCUGAACCAAAUUCUGAGUGUUGCUUCCUUAGGUGAAAUGAAAACUAUAAUAUUUUAAACGAAUGAAUUACUUUAAUCAUUGUAAUUGGAAUAAACUCGUGCAUCCUCAAUGUAAACUGAGGUCAAUUGGGCUUUGUUUUCAGUUUGUUCACUUCUAAAUGAAGGUUACAGCGGGAGAUUCGUUAUAUUAACUCGAUGCGCUGGACAAAUACUGCCUAAUGCAGUCAACUUUGACUUAAAAACUUGUAUAAUGUAAACAUUGAUGUUACUCGGGUGAGAAUCUGCCUGCGAAAUAUACAACUUAGUGUGUGAUUAUGCACCUAGUGACGGUAUGUUCAUAUCACUUCUUCACGGUGUACGAAGUAAUAUCUACCUGAACUACGGUCUCACCAAGUGAUGUUACUCUUAUGCGUGCGUAAUUGUCUGGCUGUGCGCGGUGCAUGAACUCGUCCAAUCAUUACCUUGCACCUCGAAAGUUUUCUGAUAGAAAUUGCCCAGUGAAAUUGAAUUGGUGGGCUGCACUGAUGUGAAUAAUACCUACAUUUUCUGAGUCCAAUCCCACUCUUUAGAUAUUCAUCUGGCAUGAUCCCUGGUACGACAUUUUUUCCAGUAGUUCAAUUCCUCUGUUAGUGAUAUCCUGAUUAUAAGUUUUAAGGGCUUCACUUAUACUUAUUUUCUCGCAUUAUAGUAUCCUGAAAUUACUGAUAUUUUCCAUGCACGGUCGUUAUUUUCUUCUCGUCUGUUCAGUUAAUCAUGACAAGUUUGAUUCCUCGAUUUUUUUUCAAUACUUUGACUACCUCUCUACUUGGUAGAACUUAUCUCUAUUUUAUUUGUCCAUUACUUUGGAAAAAAUUUCUAUGUAUUGAAGACGUGAUUGGAAUACAGCCUGUAAGAUAGAGCCCCGUAGUCAAACUGAUUCUUCAAUUAAUUUUCAUCAGCCAUGCAUUUGCCGCACCGUUGUAAUUCAUCUAAAAAGUACCCAUAAUAGAACUGAAGCUCAUUUACCCGCCAAAUCCAAUGUCACUGAUACUCACUGCACCUUCAGUAGCCAGCCAGAAAUGCCGUGUUCUACCCUAGGAGCCUAUCCUCCUUACUGUGAUCUGAUGAAUAUGUGGGAUUUUCAUCAUGAAAUGCUCGCGAGUGCAUUUAGGAAUAUUAAAUCUUACGCCUAGACUAAAGUGAUUGUGGCAUGAGCAAUAUCCUGACAUUGAGCUCUUUCUAUGUGUAACAAAAACGAAACUUAUUGAAUUUAACUAUCGGGUUGGACCAAUCUUUCAUUUUAUGUAAACUCGGCCUUCGGCGUCAAGAGGCCUGCACCUUAAUCAGCGACGGCGUCAAGAAGUCCAGAAGUAUGGUGGCUGCCCAUGAAUUGAUUCGCUAUCGAAAAACUGCUAAAUAUGUUCCAUGGAAAUUAAAGAUGUUCUUAUUACACUCUAUUACUAUUUAAA